GUCAUGUGAUCAGCUGUGUCCAAUCACAGCUGAUCAUAUGGGACAUGUACACUGAUCAUCAGUGUCCUGAUGAUCAGUGUGCCCUGAUGAUCAGUGUAGCCCCAGCAGUGCCACCUGUCAGUGUCCAACAGUGCCACAUAUCAGUGCCUACCAGUGCACAUCAAUGCCACAUAUCAGUGCCCAUAUGAGCUGCCUUUCAGUGCCACCUAUCAGUGCUGCCUGUCAAUGCCCAUCAGUGCAGCCUAUAAGUACCUCCUCAUCAGUGCAGCCUAUCAGUGCCCAUCACUGCAGCCUCAUUAGCGCACAUCAGUGAAAGAGAAAAAUCACUUAUUUACAACAUUUUAUAA